AUGCAAGAGCCGGCAAAGACAGUAUUGGUGGUGGCGGAUCCGAACCGAGAAUCAUCAAGUGCUCUCCAAUACGCACUUUCUCAUUCAGUGCUCGAUCACGACGAGUUGAUCCUCUUUCAUGUCGAUAAUCCUAGUAACUGGAUACACGCAUUCCAUCUCAAUACGUUCCUCAAAAUCCCGCCGGCUAAUGCCGGCGUCCAUGCCAUGUCGUCGGAUCACGGCAGCGGGAGUGGAACUGCUAAUUUAGAAAAAGGAACCGCCGUGAAAGAUUUUCUCGAAGAAAUGAAGAAGGAAUGCAAUCGGACAAAACCAAAGCUAAAUGUGCGCAUAGAGAGGGUGGCAUUGGAAGCUGCAAGAGACAGAGCCAACACUAUUUUGCAUCAUAGCGAAGUUCUUGGGGUCGACAUCGUUGUUAUAGGGCAAAAGCGAAGUCUUUUUGCCAAGGGACAUUUAGGAUCAUAUACUUGGCCUAGGCCUGGAGGGCGAUCAUCAGGGUCGUCAUCGAAAGGGAUAAACACAGCGGAGUAUUUGAUUGAGAACUGCAAGUGCACUUGUGUUGGAGUACAGAAGAAAGCCCUAGCUGGAGGAUACGUUCUCAACUCAAAAACACACAAAAAUUUCUGGCUUCUUGCGUAGUUCAAAACCAUUUGCACCACACCUGAAGUGAUCGAUGUAAUAUUCUCAUCUUUACUCGAUCUUCUUUUCUUCUGUAAUUUCUCUCAUGGCUACGGAGUACUGAGUCAUGAUAUGAAAUGCAUCACAAAUUUUGAAUUG